UGCCUUAUGGCUCCAGGACGCGUUUUACGGCAUUUUACGGCUUUCCAUUCACUUCGCUGUGAAGAUGGCGUCGGGCAGCGGGACAAAAAACUUGGACUUUCGCCGAAAGUGGGACAAAGAUGAAUAUGAGAAGCUCGCAGAGAAGAGACUCACAGAAGAGAGAGAAAAGAAGGAUGGAAAACCAGUGCAGCCAGUCAAGCGGGAACUUCUACGGCACAGGGAUUACAAGGUGGACUUGGAAUCCAAACUUGGGAAGACAAUCGUCAUUACCAAGACGACCCCCCAGUCUGAGAUGGGAGGCUACUACUGCAAUGUCUGUGACUGUGUGGUGAAGGACUCCAUCAACUUCCUGGAUCACAUUAAUGGAAAGAAACAUCAGCGAAACCUGGGCAUGUCUAUGCGUGUGGAGCGGUCCACUCUGGAUCAGGUAAAGAAACGUUUUGAGGUUAACAAGAAGAAGAUGGAAGAGAAGCAGAAAGAUUAUGAUUUUGAGGAAAGGAUGAAGGAGCUCAGAGAAGAGGAGGAGAAGGCUAAAGCAUACAAGAAGGAGAAACAGAAGGAGAAGAAAAGGAGGGCGGAGGAGGACUUGACAUUUGAGGAGGAUGAUGAGAUGGCAGCUGUGAUGGGUUUCUCUGGCUUUGGUUCCACCAAGAAGAGUUACUGAAGCGCUCUUUUUGGCCUAUCUUUGGCCUAUACUGGACCUAACUUUGAGUGUGUGUUGAGGUGGGGUGGGGGUGUCACUUUUUUGGGUACUGGAGAAAGUCCUUAAGAGUGUUAAUGGGCAGGGCUAGAGGGUGGGUGUUUGUGGUUCUCUCUACGUUGGGAGAGGGCACAGGACGUAGAGGUGAUGCUGUGGCAUAUUCCGUCAGCCUCAGUAUUUCUGGAGUCACAGAACCUCUGCCCACCUGUGUUCCCAAUAAAGAAAGACCUCCCUCUUUGAGGCUGCUUUCCCCAAAUUCUCCUGCAUCUUUCCCUCUUCAUCUGCCCACCCUCUUGUUUGAGCAUCCUCCUCCCCUGUGUUCUGCUGUUUUAAUCUUUACUCCUGUUCAGCUUGCAGCAGAAGGGUUAUUGGGGGCUCCAGUAUGCAGGUGCUGGCAUAUUCUUAGCCAGCUGUUCCUCCCAUCCUACCUAGCGGUUCUCUACCCACUUGGGCAUGCAUGUGAUUUCUGCCUGGGUCAAUGUGUGUGUGGGUAUGUGUGCAUGAUACGUCACAAAGAGGGGACCUGACCUAGAACCUCAGAGCAUUGCUGCCCUGAGGCCUGUUGUUCUUGGUUUCCUAGGUGCAUGUAACAGGAAAUUAAAUGGGAUGAGUGUUUGGUGUGGUUUGUGUCUGGUGAGUUUUUAACUUCUGUUUCACUUCACUGAGGAUUUCUGUUUUUGUCUUCCUUGGGAACAGGUUCUUGGAAGAACCUGUUUGAUGCAAAAAAGAAAACGGCAACCCUAAAACCAAACAGACUCACUCUGGGAGAUCCCAGUUCUCAGACACUAUUCAACAUGUACAAUCAGUGACAGUGACUAAGCCUGUUUCACAUUCGUUGGGAACAUUUCCAUAUCACCUUCUGUCCCACAGUUCCUACACCAAGAAUUUCCACAUAGAGCCUUUCUCUUUCAUUUGAUCCCACACCCCCUUCAAAUACAGGUUUCCUUAGAGUGAGUUUUCCCCUCUGCUAAUAGGAUCUGUGUCCUUGGGAGUCUUAACAGAACAUUUUAACCUCCUGUACCUUUAGCAUGUCUGAUCUUACCAUAAGAGCUGUGUUAAAUGUCACUGUCUGCAGUUGAACAGGCCCUGGGCUACUCACCUUGAUCUUACCAUGAGAGCUCAGGGUUAAAUGUCACUGUCUGCAGUUGGACAGGCCCUGGGCUACUCACCUUGGCACUGUUGAUGAUGACCUAGGCAAAUUUUGGAUUGGGGUUUUUGUUUUAUAUUUUUGAAAUGUUCUCACGUGCCUGGCCUUGUACUCAGAAAUCUGCCUGCCUGAGCCUCUCCAGUGCUGGGAUUAAAGGUGUGUACCUCCAUGCCUGGCCAGGUCUGUUUUAAAGGGUUCUAUGCACUGUAGGAUGUUGAACAGCCUCCCUGGCCUCUACCCAGUAGAUGUCAGUAGCACUCCCAUCUAAUUUGUGACAACUAAUUGUCCAUGGGAGUGGGUAAACGGCUCUCCCAUUGAAAAUGAUUUAAGAAACUCUUCCCCAUUGUAGUGUAAUGUGAACCACAUGACUUAGACUAGUUAAAAAUCCCUCCCAAACACUGAGAACUGGAUCACAUACUGUGCCUUGUCUAAGGAAUUUAAGGGCGAGAUGGGCAGAGGGGACAGUCGUACAAGUCAUGUAAACAGGUGAAACUCCCUUUACUGGCUCUAUACUUUCAAUAAAGGGGUCCAUUUGACAAGA